UUUCUGGUUAUUGAACGCGAAAACAAAGGGGAAGAGCAAUACGACGCCGUACAGAGGGUGCUGCUCUCGUUCUCUCCGACGACACUUCCUUCCUUCCUUCCUUCCUUGUUCAUCUCGUCAGUCUUAACCAAUCUUUGGUUAUUGAUCCGCUCUUCAUUUGCAGAAAGUUACAAUCUUUGGUUGAUCUCUCUUGGCGAUCGAUCGUCUCGACAUGAGUGACGGAGAGCUUCUAACUGUGGAACCUCAUGAACUUCAGUUUCCACUCGAGUUGAAGAAGCAGAUCUCAUCAUCCCUACAAUUAACAAACAAGACUGAUAAUCAUGUGGCUUUCAAGGUGAAAACUACGAAUCCGAAAAAGUACUGUGUUAGGCCAAACACAGGUCUUGUUUCGCCGCACUCUACGUGUGAUGUCACAGUAACAAUGCAAGCACAAAAAGAGAUUCCACCAGAUCUGCAAUGCAAAGACAGGUUUCUUCUUCAAAGUGUAGUUGCAAGUGCAACAACAAAUGAUAUUACAGCAGAGAUGUUCAACAAAGAGUCUGGAAAUAACGUAGAAGAGUGUAAGUUGAGAGUAACUUAUAUAGCUCCACAAAAGCUUCCAUCACCUUCGAAGAAAGAAGGUCCAUGGGAUUCAGUAUCUGACAAUGGAACAGUAAAUACAUCUGAAUAUACUGGAAUUUCUAAAGCAUCCUCUGGAAGAUCGCAUGCAGAGACAGAAGAUAAUGUAUCUGAGGUAAAGACACUUAUUUCAGAACUGACUAAGGAGAAGAACUCGGCAAUUCAGCUAAACAACAAGCUUCAUCAAGAACUAGAAACAUUAAGGCGCAAAACCAGUAAGAACAAUGGUGAAUUUUCAUUCCUACAUGUUAUUCUUGUUGGGUUGGUUGGCCUUCUUAUUGGGUACCUCGUGAAACAAUCGUGAUUAUCUUUUGGCGGCUGGCCUAUCUGAAUUGUCCAGUUCUAAUUGACAUGCAAAAAUGAUCGAGAAUUGGAGCUUAUUAUGUUCGAAGACCAACACUUUUGUCUUGAAUAAAUUUUCCUGUUUCUUGGUUUGAGUAUCGCAUUAUCUUCUCUCUUCUAGUUGCCUGAAAGGAAAAGAAAAAUGAAAACAAAUUGAUUAGUGAUUUGUUGUGAAAUUAGUUGCUGCUAACUUAAGAAAGUUGUGUAUUUUAGGUUGUCAUUUUUAUUUUUUCGAUAGAUGAGAAGACUGGACUUGGUUUGCUUCAGCCUACUUGUUUUUCUUCUCAAUUCAUUCUUUUACUAAGUUGUUGACUUCUUUUUUUCUA